AACCGGUAAAAAUCGCUUCUAAAUUGUAUUAAAAGUAGCCUCGUUUUCGGCUAUCAGAGCUACUUAGGUGGAAAUUAGCGCGGAUCGGUUUGUUGGUUGUGCGUAUCUGCUGAUUAGAAUACUAAACUAAAACAGUUCUACAGACAAGCACUAUGAGUAUGAUACUGUCCAACUUCUGGAACUUUCUAAUGCCGAUGUCAGCGGUGGUGAGCCCAUUGGACCCAAAAUGCAACUACUACCAAGAGCUCGCCAUGGGCGAGCUCUACUAUAUUUUCAAUAACGAGUACCCCCGAAACUACACCGCUGGUUAUUCCUGCCAGUGGAUCGCGAAAAGCCCACUUAGGUCGCAAAUUUUCCUUUCAUGUGAAGAUCUCAACAUGCCGAAGUCUUCUAACUGCCAACACGACCGUUUGGAAAUUAGCUCCAGUGGACCGAAGCACUUGAGCGAAUCGCACACAUAUUGCGGAAGUGGCUCCGUUUCUCUGAUCCUUCAAGGAAGCACCCUAUCAGUGGUUUUGCGGACAAGAUCGCGAUCCCAAGGCGGGCGCUUCUUUUGCGCCAUAACGGCCAUCGAGUCCAACAUAGAGAGUGAUCAAUCCUUCGACAUUCCCAUGGCUGACCGGGGGUGUAAUUGCGGAUGGAAGAACGAUAAAAAGAUUACUGGAGGGCAUGAGACUAGAGUGAAUGAGUACCCGGCAAUGGUCGGAUUGGUGGAUGCUACCCGUAGGAUCUACUGUGGAGGGACCAUCAUUUCCAACACUUACGUUUUAACCGCUGCUCAUUGUGUGCACAAUAGAGACGCGAGAACUCUGUAUGUGCAGGUAGGGGACCAUGAUGUUUCCACAGGAGACGAUACCCCCUACUCAGCUCUAUAUAAAGUGGUGGACUAUGAAAUGGCGGAAGGAUAUAACCCAAUAACCUACGAAGGCGACAUUGCUCUAGUGAAAGUGAACAACAUCAACUUUAAUGAGAAUGUCGGCCCUAUUUGCUUACCAUUUCGGCAUUCCUUCAACAACUACGCAGGAAACUUUGUUACAGCUUUAGGUUGGGGCCAACUGGAAUUCUCUGGAAGACCAUCCGAUACUCUUCAGGAAGUCGAUCUGGAAAUAAUCGCGAACGAAGAAUGCGAACAGUCAGCUUUAGAGCCCAUUCCAAACAGCGAGUUUUGCACUUACACAUCUGGAAAGGACACGUGCCAAUCGGAUUCAGGUGGGCCAUUGCUUUGGCAAAAUCAGUCCAACGGCCGACUGUUUAUAUGGGGAAUUGUUUCGCAUGGUGCGGGCUGUGGAUCGCUCAGUCCUGGAAUUAACACUCGUGUUGCCUCAUUUUUGAAGUGGAUUCAAGACAGAACAGGACAAUUCUUCUGUGUCUUAUAAGCACUGAAACGUCCGGGACCAAAGACACACAUUUGGCUACUGGUGGUAUUUUAAUAAAACCUGCGACAAAA